AUGUUGCAAGAAGAUAUUGCAUACUUAUUGUCUGGCAUCUUUGGCGUCUGCCUACGUGUUGAUUAUGGGGAGAAGAAGCAGAUCACACUAGGAUGGCUCCUGCAGGAGAUUGUGGCAUGGUCAGGUGACAUUACUGCCCUGGACUGGGUCGGAAAGUCAUCAGAGUUCAAUAACUGUCUACCAGCUGACAUCACUUUAUACGGAGCUCCACCAUGCAUACUGCCAUCUCUAUCUGAAGAGGAUAGUCAAUCAUCGAUCUCCUCACUGUGGGGCAUUGUACCUCCACAGUCGGCUUUGAAAUUAUAUCAGACACAUGACUACCAGAGCAUUCCCCAUUUUGCGUACCGCCAGUUGCAUCUGCCUUGCAUCGUAUUCCUGGUCACAGAAGCAAGGUGGAGGCCAGAACAUGACUGGGAUACAUAUCACAUGUAUGAAUUCAAGUCAGACAGGCUUCGCAAUGUGCAGAUCACCACAGAAGACAAGUUCAUCCUGUUCUCACCGGCAAGGCCACUGCCCGUCUGGCAGAUGAUCUUGCUUGUUCGCCCAUGGAGUCGCCAUCUCCUUGAGCUCCAUGACCCUGCAGACAAUGCGCAGAGUGUGGAUAAUUGGCUCGUGCCCAAAUCUCCAUCACAUAAUCUACUCCCUGAACAAACUGAGCCAAUCUAUGCAGAUUCUCUCUCACAAGCAUUCAUCAGCAAACUAGAGGGGUCUUGUACACAACUGUACAAGCUUGUAGAGAUCCACAGAACCCACAAGGAAGUCCCUCCUUUACAGGCUUGUACAGCCUGUGAAGCUUGUGGAUUUCGAAGCACAAAUGCUAAAAGAAAUGUCACCAAGGUGGGUUACAGUCACAUCACAUGA